CAAAAUUAUCAGGCGUUAUUGUGGAAGGUCCAAAGAGUAACUUGUACUGUGUGUGUUAUAACAAAAAAUAUACGCUUACAAUUAUUUGAUAAAAAUGUGUAGUUUAUCACGCUAACUUUAAAAAGUAAUGUCUGUCUAAAUGCUGACUUUGCGCGUUUUUCUGAAAUGCUUUUAUUUUGAAGGUAAAUCCCCUCCACUUCCGGUGCGUCAUUGUUUGUUGAAGCUAACUUUCGUUUUUCUCUGUUUACGUAUGAAUCAUCUUUUCCAAGAUGGCGAUGCACCUGUUUCUCUGGCGAUGAUCCUCUUAAUUUUUGCGCAGUUUUUAUAAAAUAACCACCGGGAAUACGUUGUCGACAAACCGACGGUGGGUGAGGGAAACUCUGAAGUGAUCUGCACCGUCCAGAAUGUCCACGGAGGAGCUGUCGGCUUCGGAUAGCGAGACUGUGUUCGCCAGCGCCGGGGAGCGAUGGGCACCGGUGGGCGCCGUGGCCAGCCCCGAGGAGGAGAGCGGCGGCCGGCCGAGGCAGAGAGGCUCGUCGUCGGCCACCGAUGAGGAGAUGGCCGCCCGGCUGAUGAAGCUGGAAGAGGAGCAGGACUUGUUGAAUUCGUCUCUUUUAGCGCUAACGUCGCACUUCGCACAGGUUCAGUUCCGACUGAAGCAGAUAGUUCACGCUCAGAGCGAGGAGAAGGAGAGGAUGCUGGCCGAGCUGGAGGAGUUCGCAUUCCGGGGCUGCCCGCACGUCGUGGGCUGCCGAGCCCAGGACGCCAAGCAGCUGGAGAACUCGGAAGAUCUGAGCGAGAGGGAGAAGCGGGAGCGACUGGAGGCGCAGAGGGAAAAACAAAAGGAUCUCAUCGUCCAGCUGAAGACGCAGCUGGACGAUCUGGAGCGCUUCGCCUAUCAGGAGGGCAGCUACGACUCGCUGCCACAGUCCGUCGUCAUGGAGAGGCAGAAGGUCAUCAUCGACGAGUUGAUAAAGAAGCUGGACGUGAAUCUGAACGAGGACAUCGGGAACUUGUCCCCGGAGGAGCUGAGACAGCGGGUGGACGCCGCCAUCGCUCAGAUCGUGAACCCGGCCCGAGUGAAGGAGCAGCUGGUGGAGCAGCUGAAGACCCAGAUCAGGGACCUGGAGAUGUUCAUUAACUUCAUACAGGAUGAGGUGGGGAAUCCUCUUUUGUCAGAUGGAGGGCAGAGUCAGCAGCCGAAAGCAGACGGAGCCAACGGCAGAGCUGCAGGGAUGAAGAAGAAAGUGGACCCGGUCCAGGCCGAGCGGAUGCGGGACACGGGCCUGCAGCUCAUCCAGAAGGCUCUGGCCGUGCUGCAGAUCUUCGCUGCCAGUCAGUUCGGCUGCUCGGCCGGCCACGUCCCCCAGAACCUUUGGCCCCAGGACUGUCCGGGCCGGGACUACGGCCCCCUGCUGCAGCGCCUGGAGGCGGCCGUGGAGAAGGUCCGGGUCCUGGGCUCGCGGCGCCAUCCCUCCGUGGAGCACGUGGUGAGCUACAGCGGCGGGGCGGCGGCGGCGCUGGGCGCCCGGGACGAGCUGACGACGGCGGUGAGGAAGGAGCUGGCGGUGGCGCUGAAGGACCUGCUGGCCCACGGCCUGUUCUGCCCCUCGCAGACCAUGAGCCUGGUGCUGGCGCCCAUCUCCUGCCUGCUGCCCUACCGCCCCGCCCCGCUCGCCAUGCACCCCUGGGAACUCUUCGUCACGUACUACGAGUCCAAAAACGGGAAGGCGUUCGUGGAAUCGCCGGCCCGAAAGCUGUCGCAGUCCUUCAGCCUGAAGGUGGGCGGCGGCCCGGGGACGGUGACGCCCAAACACUCGCUGCUGUGGGCCGUCCACUCGGUACUGAAGGAGCACGGCCGCUACAAGCGCGGGCCGGACUCGGAGCUCAAAGCGCUGGUGUGCAUGGCGCUGAACGAGCAGCGGCUGGUUUCCUGGAUCAACCUGCUCUGCAAGUCGUCCACUCUGAUCCAGCCGCACUACCAGAGCUGGAGCUACAUGGCCCAGACGGGCUUCGAGGGCGCCCUGCGCAUCCUGGGCCGCAUCAGCCACCUGCGCUUCAACCUGCCGGUGGACCUGGCCGUGCGGCAGCUCAAGAACAUCAAGGACGCCUUCUGACCAGGCUCUCCGCGGCGCCGUUCACUGUAAAAACACAAAGUCUGACCAAGAGUUUCUGUUCAAAAUGUCUCUUUAUGUUUAGAAUAAGACAAAACUAAAUCGCAAGAAAUACCAACUUGUUUUAAGUCAGUUAUUAUCUCUUAUAGAAAUAACUCGCUGGCAGAUUAUCUCACUUGUAACGUAGAGAAAAAUGUCUUGUUGCCAUGGAAACUAGUACUUUUCAUCAAUAUUCAAGAACUACGUAGUAAGAAAUUUCUACAUCUUGCUGAAAAAUUAGUUUUGUCUUAUUUCAAGUGUACUAAGAAUUUUGCAGUGUACUCUAACCCGUUACAGGUUGUUUACAUGUGCAUGAAUGUGUUUCUCCUCUAAACAUGCCUUACGCUGCAAAAACACAAAGUAUUACCAAGUGUUUCUGUUUGGUUUCUGUUUCAAAUGUCUUAUUAUGUUUGAAAUAAGACAAAACUAACUCACAGGUAACAUUUCAGCAAGAAAUACCAGCUUGUUGUAAGUCAGUAAUUACUGAAUGUUGAUAAAAAUCAUUGCUUCACAUUUAACAUGGGAAGAAAUAUCUUGUUGCCAUGGAAAUGUGAACUUUUUAAUAUUCAAGCAUUAUUUACUGAAAACAAGCUCCUAUAUCUUGCUGAAAAGUUGCUUGUGAGUUAAUUUUGUCUUAUUUUAAGUGUACUCAGAAAAUAGAGAAAAAUACUUAAGAUUUAGUGUUUUUGCAGUGUAGAGUCACCUGCGAUGACCUCACCUUUAACCUUCAGCCUAACGCCAACAUCUUUGUGACCUUUGCUCAUCAGCUUUUUCCUCUGCUGGACCUGAUGGCGCUCUAACCUAUGCAGCAAACAUCCUGAGGAGACAUACACUGCAAAAACACUAAAUCUUACAGUAUUUUUGAACAGAGCUAAAGUAAAAAACUUAUCAAUAUUGAUGAAAUAGUACUAGCAGAUUAUUUCCUAUAAUAUGGAAACAUGUCAUGUUAUAAAUGAAAUAAUCUAGAACCAACACUUUUUCAUCAACACUAAGGAAUUAUUGACUCUACCAAGCUUCUAUAUCUUGCUGAAAACUUACAUGUUUUGUCUUAUUUUGAGUUUACUGAGAUAUUUUCUCUAGAAACUAGACAAAAAUAGUUGGUAAGAUUUUGUGUUUUUGCAGUGUAUGUAGCAGCAGAAACAUUCCUGAUAAACUCUCUAGUUCUUGUUUAUAACUCUGGAUGCUGUUACGCAAACAGGAAGCUUCUGUGUAGCAAAAAUCACCAAAAUAAAAGCUCUGUGUGUGUGGGUGGCGUUGCUGUUAUCGUGCAGCUUUUUGGUCAAAUGAACCACCGAAUGUGUUCCUGUGUUUCAGUUCUGACUGAGCUGCUGCUGAUGAUCAUUUUUAUUCCAGAUUUUAUUUUAUUUUCCAUGAACAGCAAAUCAUGUCCGUAAAACCUGAAUGUAUGAACCGUAGAUGCUAUUAAACUGACGUUAGUUUGUAUUAGUUGUUUAUUUUGUUUAUGUGUUUGUGUCAAACCUUCAGCUGUAGAGCACUUUUCCAAACUUCAGUUGUGGUUUGGGUAUAUUUACUGCACACUUUUUAGUUUUGUUUUUAUGUUUAGAUGUUUAUUUAUUAGAUAAAUUGCUUUAAACACUUAAAGUGGCUGCUGUUUUGUAACUGUAGCAGUUCAACCUGGGAGCAUCAUUGAAAACAAUUAAUUCUAUAUUUAUUUAAUUGAAGAUGGUGUAUGGGAACAUAUGAAUUGUUAUUUUUGAUUUUAUUAUAUUUAAUGUAAACCUGCAGUUGUAAAAUAAUAAUAAACCAAGUAAAAGAAGUUUCUUUUUUUAAUUUUCGUUUCUUUCGUCUGCAGCCUCCAGGGGGCGCCACAUUCCCUCAUCUAUCUAUCUUUCUACCUAUCUAUGCAUUCUGUAUUAAUGUGUACACAAUAAAGUAUCCCAAUCUUCAAAUUUUA